GUUGAUUUUCUCCAUACUUAUGCUCACUUAUGCUCAGGUUGCAGUUAAAUCUCCACGGUUCCCAAAUCUCACGGACGCCGAAGUUGCCAAAAUAGAUCGUAAUCUUGACCGCGAAAUCAAAGUCUGGGCCAAAUUAAAUCAUCGAUAUGUAUUAUGCCUUCAUGGCACCGUAACAGGUUUCGGUCCGUUUCGAGCAUUGGUUUCCCCCUGGAUGCCGAACGGAACAUUGAGCUCCUACCUUACUCGUGCACAUGAAACCCUCACGACGAUUGGUAGACUUCACAUUCUUAAACAGAUCACCGAGGGGCUCAAAUACCUCCACGACAAUAACGUGAUUCACGGCGAUCUGACCAGUAACAAUGUCCUAGUUGCCGCCGAUGGAUCCCCGCGCCUUGCAGACUUCGGUGUUUCGAAUAUCAUAAUAAAAUCCAACCCGGCAUUCUCCUACCAAACUGGCGCAGUUCGUUGGGUAGCUCCAGAGCUCAUUGUCCUUCAGGAAGAUCAAACCGUGCAAUGUGCCACGAAAUCCAGUGAUAUAUAUGCUCUUGGGUGUAUCAUGCUUCAGGUGUUAUAUGGCAAACCACCCUACUGGUGGAUCAAGACUGCCCUGCAAGUCAUGGCAUCAAAGUUCAAUUACCAAGAGCCCAUCAAUAGCACCAUGCAAAUUCAAGCACAUCACCUGGAUUUCAUGCGGCGAUGCUGGGCAAUCGAGAUUAAGAAUCGUCCAGCAGUGGAGGAGGUACUGGACUUUCUCGAGCAAGCUAUCUCUAUCGGGGCAUUAUCUUAAAUCUACCUAAUUUGACCGUUCGGAACUGGUUUAUUCUCGUCUUUUUUAUUCUAGCUGCCUCACUGGCAUAAUAUAGUGUCUAGUAUAAUAAAGGCUCGCAUAUCCGCUGGCUCGGUACCUGUGACUCGUGGCAAUGCUAUUAAAUAAUUAGAUUUGG